UUCUCCACACCUAGGUGACACAGGAGUUCACCGUGAAGGUUAGGCAGGCUCCUGUUCCUCGUCGAAGAGCAUCUGUUUCAAGUUUCUACAGUCGGUGAAUGUUUUAGUCUUCGACUUAAAAAAUGACAACAGGAAGGCAUUUCGGAUGGCAAAAACAAAUUCUUCUACUAGCAGUUUUGCCCUGCUGUUGGAGUGUGGAAGUGUCUAUCAAAGAAAAGGAAUACAGGGUGGCAAAAGGAGAUGAUAUUACACUGAUCUGUUCCUUCAUCCCUGCUAACCCUAUAAAAAAUAACUUUGUCCUGGCAUGGGACGUUGUGGGAAUCCCAUCGAAAGCAGUGGCCUCCUUCUUUUUGAACAGUCCUGUUGACAUCGCUCCAGCAUAUGAAGGAAGAGCCACCCUGGAGGUUGAUAUUGACAGGGGAUUAGCGACGCUCCACUUAAAAAAGUUGACCAUGGAAGACAGCCGCCAUUAUCAGUGCAGCGUCAGAAUCCCCAAUGAUGACGAGGGAAAACCGAUCGCCUCUACUUCUGUUUUAGUUCUAGAGCCUCCCUCUAAACCAGUCUGCACACUUCAGGGACAAGCACAGUAUUUCACCGACAUCACACUCACCUGCAAGUCUGAGGAGGGUUCCCCAGCUCCGGUCUAUACCUGGACAAGCUACAGUAUUGAAAACAUUCCCCGACAAUUUCCCCUGAAGACAACACAGGAGGAUGGAGUUCUGUCUCUCUUCAAUAUUACAAAGGAGACGUCUGGCUUCUUUAUCUGUCUUUCAAAAAAUGACAUUGGUUCUGCAAGCUGCAACUUUACCUUAGCUGUAAUGCCUCCCAGUAUGAGCUUUGCAUCCACUGGAAUUAUAAUUGGAGCAGUUGCUGCUGGUCUUCUGGUUCUGGGGAUUCUCAUUUUCUGUUGCUGCAAAAGAAAGAGUAAAAACGAGGCUGAUGACGAGGGUCCCCAUGGAGAUAAGGUGUAUUAUGACAAAGAAGGUCCUGAAGUGGGAGAGCCAUACAUGGAUGACAAGUCAAACACUGAAAAGAUGAAGCCUAAUCAGAAUGAAGACAAAGAUAUUGUUCCUCAAAGCAAUUACACCACAGGUGGAGCAGGAAAGACAUUUGAUGAUGACCAGCACAGUUAUAGAAGUGGUUUAGAGAGGCACGACGGAAAGGGUAGUGAUAUAGAUUCCCAGCGUUACCAAGGAGAUCGGAAAGAUUAUUAUCGUGGAAGCCGGGAUCACCUGGACGAUCAACGUGAUUACAGCGGAAGCCGAGAUCGUGACGAUCAACGCAAUCGGUAUGGAAGUCGGGAUCGUCUUGAUGACCAGCGAGAUCGCCAUGGCAGUAGAGAUCGUCUUGAUGACCAAAGAGAUCGCUACGGAAGUCGGGAUCGUCUUGACGACCAAAGAGAUCGCUACGGGAGUCGGGAUCGUCUUGACGACCAAAGAGAUCGCUACGGAAGUCGGGAUCGUCUUGACGACCAAAGAGAUCGCUACGGAAGUCGGGAUCGUCUAGAUGAUCAGCGAGAUCGCCGUGGCAGUAGAGAUCGACUUGACGAUCACCGUGAUCAAGACUUGUACCGUGGUAGUCGCGAUCGCAUUGAUCACAGAGAUGAGUAAUAUAAAAAUGUAUAUGUUUAAUGUUGACUUACUGAGUACUCUUCACAAAAGAG